CUUCUCUUGUGGGUUCAUAGAUAAGCAUGCCAGAAAUUCAGUUAGGUGCUCAUACCAUAAGAUCCCAUGGAGUCACUGUCGCCAGGUUCCACAUGCAUGACUGGCUUAUACUUCUCCUGCUUAUCGGCAUCGAAGUUGUAUUGAAUGUCAUCGAACCCUUUCACCGUUUUGUUGGAGAGGAUAUGCUCACUGAUCUCAGAUACCCUCUCCAAGACAACACCGUUCCCUUCUGGGCUGUCCCGUUGAUAGCAAUUGUUCUCCCUUUUGUUGUCAUUUCUGUUUACUACUUCAUCAGAAGAGAUGUUUAUGACCUUCAUCAUGCAAUCUUAGGUCUUUUGUUCUCUGUGCUCAUAACCGGUGUCAUAACCGAUGCUAUUAAGGAUGCAGUAGGUAGGCCUCGUCCUGACUUCUUUUGGCGUUGUUUCCCUGAUGGUAGAGGGUUCUUUCACAAUGUCACAAGGAAUGUUCUGUGUACUGGAGAUAAAGAUGUGGUCAAAGAAGGACACAAGAGCUUCCCCAGCGGCCACACCUCUUGGUCGUUUGCUGGGCUAGGCUUUCUAGCGUUGUACUUGUCUGGGAAAAUCAGAGUGUUUGACCAGAGAGGUCAUGUAGCAAAGCUCUGCAUUGUGUUCCUACCUUUACUAGUUGCAGCAUUGGUUGGUGUAUCCAGAGUUGAUGACUAUUGGCAUCACUGGCAAGAUGUGUUUGGUGGAGCUAUCAUAGGAUUAACGGUGUCCUCGUUUUGUUAUCUGCAAUUCUUUCCUCCUCCAUAUGAUCCAGACGGUUGGGGACCUCAUGCAUACUUCCAGAUGCUGGCAGACUCCAGAAACGAUGUCCAAAAUUCUACAGGAAUGAAUCAUCUAAGCGUGAGGCAAGCUGAGCUGGAGAAUGUGUACGUUGAUCAACAAGGGACUUCCAUGGAACUGUCAAGAAGCAACACGUGGGACACACAAGAAUGCUAGAGAGCCGUUAGUGUCUUUGUAGUCGUUAUAAGUCUUUGGUGUGUGCUUUCUAUUGAGUUUCUUGGGUUUAGCCUCUAACUAAAAGGCCAUCACCUAAAUUAGAGAGUAGAGAGCAAAGGGAGAGAGAUAAAAACGCUAAAGGACGAGAGCUUGAAACAUUGACUUGGUAGUAAACAGUCAUGCUCUAUAGCCAGCUUCUUGUUGACAUUUUACAAUUUAAAAUCCUAUAAUCAAAACGAGAAGUUGGAGGAUUGCAACCUGAAUUAUGAGUCUAUGACUAUUAUAAACAAAUAUGUUACAUAUUCC